GCAGAUACCAUAGGGAACCAUGGCUUUGGGAAUAACAGCCAUAACAAUACCAGUAGCAGCCGCAAUGAUAAUAAUGACAAUACUAUCACUGGCUUCGAGUCCUUAGAAUCAUUAGCUUCGCUAUCUGUACUAUCUCCCACACUAUCGACACCUGGGGGUAGCGGAAGAAGGAACUCUAGUUCGAGCACAUCCACUGGAUAUUUUUCAUCUUCGUUUCACCCGCCACAGAGCUUGCCAAUGAUAUACCAAAAUCAGCCAAUAGGACCCCUAUCCAAUAACAGUAAUGAUGGGAGUGGUGGCGGUGGUGGAGAACAUGUUGUUGAUAACAAUGAUAGCAACAUGAAUGGAUCGUAUUACAAUCAAACAACACCGUCAUCAUCGUUCCAGAAUACAUAUUACCAAAACUCUACUCAAGAUCUGCUUACGUCUCAACAAGGACAGAGGAAGCGGCAACAGGGAGCUUAUUACCAACAUCAGCAACAGCAUCAGUAUCAGCAGUAUCAGCAACAGCAACCAUCGUCGUCUGCUCGUUCGUUACCCUUGCCAGCAUACUCUACUUCUUCAUUAUCUUCAUCACUUCCCGUAUAUUCAACUAGCCUACAACAGUAUAGCCAACAGCAGCGGUAUCGCCAGCCAACAGUUCUAUCGCAGCAACAGCAGCAGGAUCAAUUUUAUCGUUCUUUAGCACAGUCAUCAACUCAACAACAACGCUAUCAUCAGGAAAGCAUACCUUUACCCCAUCCGACAUCUCAAAGCGUCCUGUCCACAUCUUCCUUUCCGCACGAGGGACCACCUCGAGCCAGAAGCAAGAGUUUGACUGUAGUCACAAGCACAGCUAUGAAGACAAAUACGAAUGCGGACACCGCAGCUGUUCCUCCUUCAAAUUCAGGCUCACAAUCAGCAUCGUUAGAAACAGCCUCCAGUCAUGAAGGCGGUACCAAAAAAGUUUAUAUUCCAGCACGACCACGGAUGAUCCCUCCACGUCCGCCACAAACGUCUGCUCCCAGAAAAUAUCAUGGCCGUCAAAUACGUAAGUUGUCAGCUCCAUCGAUUAAUCAUUAUCAAGUGUCCGGGAUGCAGGAGCUUGUGCCGCCAGCAAGACGAAUGGCCCAUAUCCAAUCAGAGCAAAAGCGACGCGAAAAGAUUAAUGCAGGAUUUGAAGAACUCAAAAGCGUGAUACCAGAGUGUGCACAAAACACAGACUCAAAAGCCACUAUCCUUAGGAAAGCUGUGGACCGGAUAUUAGAACUUGAAGAUGAAUUACGGAAGUAUACAGGCGAGUUUCAUUAUGUGCCCGAGGAUUCUAAAGAACGUGAGGAGUAGACGUGUAAUAGCCAUUGAAAUGUAUAAUUUGUAAAUAUUUAAUAAAC